CGGGGUCACCGGUGGGGGCGCGGAGGGAGCCUGGUAAUAGGACAGCAAGAUGGCGGCUGCGUAGACUCUGGGAAGAACCGACUCUGAAGGAGGAAAACAACAAUAAUAAGAGGGCUGGCUAGGGUGGUUUCCCUGCCCGUGCUCGGGGACAUGGUGGAGUUGGAGGUUUGAACAUCCAGGAAGCUGCUGACCUCUUGACAUCUGUGGGAUUCUGGGUUAAUAUCGUAAAAAAACAGUAUUUGCCAGGUUUGGCUAUUGGCGUCAGGGCCAUUGCCAUAUUAAAGACCCCUCUCUACCCACACUCUGCAGAUAUUGGCUUGAAGGAUGGUGCUGUGACCAAAGUCUUUACCCCUCCCAUUGGAUUUACAAUACAUGUUUGUGUAAACGGUGACUCAGUUUAGGACAUGGAGUCUGAAGAUUUCAUUCCUCCCCCAGAAUGUCCUGUUUUUGAGCCAACCUGGGAAGAAUUUGCAGAUCCAUUGGGAUAUAUUGCUAGGAUUAGGCCUAUCGCUGAGAAGUCUGGGAUAUGUAAAAUCCGCCCUCCAGUGGACUGGCAGCCCCCCUUUGCUGUAGAAGUAGACAAUUUUCGUUUCACACCACGUAUUCAGAGGCUCAAUGAGUUGGAGGCAGAAACCAGAGUCAAGUUAAAUUACUUGGACCAAAUUGCCAAAUUUUGGGAGAUCCAGGGAUCCUCUCUGAAAAUCCCAAAUGUGGAGCGCAGAAUCCUUGACUUGUACGCCCUAAAUAAGAUUGUACAGGAUGAAGGUGGUUAUGAGCUAAUUAGCAGAGAGCGGAGGUGGGCCCGUGUGGCACAACGUAUGGGAUACCCCUCAGGGAAAAACCUCGGCUCACUGUUGCGUUCACACUAUGAGCGUGUCAUAUACCCAUUCUACAUGUACCAGUCAGGAGCUAAUAUGGUGGACUAUGCGAAAAAACCUCGUUUUGACAAUGAGGAGAAGGAUAAGGAGUAUAAGCCACACAGUAUCCCACUAAGGCAGUCUGUGCAGCCUUCAAAAAUUACCAGUUAUGGGCGACGAGCCAAACGCCUUACCCAAGAGGAUCCUGACAGCUCAGAUCCUGCCUCUCACAGCUCUCCUCUACCCCCUGAAACAUCACCACCCUGGCCGGAACCCACAGAAGAAGACAUCGAGAAGAACCCAGAGUUGAAGAAACUUCAGAUCUAUGGUGCUGGUCCCAAAAUGAUGGGCUUAGGGCUGAUGGCAAAAGACAAGAAUCUGCGCAAGAAAGAGAGUGACAUCCCAGAGUGUCCACCAACUCUUGUGGUCAAAGAGGAGGUUGGGGUGGACAUACGAGGAGAACCUGGGGAAAUUUAUACACAUAUAAAGAGAGAGCGACCCCUCAGCCCUGAGCCUUGCACGAAGAUGACCAUGAGACUGCGGAGAUAUAACAGCAGUACCCAGUUUGUGGAGUCCUAUGUUUGUCGUAUCUGUUCCCGUGGGGAUGACGAUGACCGCUUGCUGCUGUGUGAUGGCUGUGAUGAUAACUACCAUACAUUCUGCCUCCUACCCCCUCUUGCUGAACUACCAAAGGGAAUCUGGCACUGCCCCAAAUGCGUCAUGGCGGAGUGUAAGCGUCCUCCUGAAGCAUUUGGAUUUGAACAAGCUACUCGGGAGUUCACUUUGCAAAGCUUCGGCGAGAUGGCAGACUCUUUUAAGGCAGACUACUUUAACAUGCCAGUUCAUAUGGUCCCUACAGAGCUUGUAGAGAAGGAGUUCUGGAGGUUAGUGAAUAGUAUAGAAGAAGAUGUCACGGUGCAGUAUGGUGCCGACAUCCAUUCAAAAGAGUUUGGAAGUGGCUUCCCGAUGAUGGAUGGCAAAAAUGAACUUACUCCAGAGGAACAGGCGUAUGCAACAAGUGGUUGGAAUCUGAACGUAAUGCCAGUACUAGAGCAGUCAGUGCUAUGCCACAUAAAUGCUGACAUAUCUGGCAUGAAGGUACCCUGGCUAUACGUGGGCAUGGUAUUCUCUGCCUUUUGUUGGCACAUUGAGGAUCACUGGAGCUAUUCUAUUAACUACCUCCACUGGGGGGAGCCCAAGACAUGGUAUGGUGUUCCUUCUUCAGCAGCAGAACAACUUGAAGGUGUAAUGAAGAAGUUAACCCCAGAGCUGUUUGAGAGCCAGCCAGACCUCUUGCAUCAGUUGGUGACCCUCAUGAACCCCAAUACCCUCAUGUCACACGGAGUUCCUGUGGUGCGGACCAAUCAAUGUGCAGGAGAGUUUGUCAUCACGUUUCCAAGGGCAUACCACAGUGGUUUUAACCAGGGCUACAACUUUGCUGAAGCAGUCAACUUCUGCACAGCCGAUUGGCUAAUGGCAGGCAGAAAAUGCAUUGAGCAUUAUCGACGGCUGAGGCGGUACUGUGUUUUCUCACACGAGGAACUGAUGUGCAAAAUGGCUGCCUCUCCCGAGAGACUGGACUUGAACUUGGCUGCAGCUGUUCAUAAAGAGAUGUUUCUGCUGGUACAGGAGGAGCGCAGACUUCGCAAAGCGCUGCUUGAGAGAGGCAUUACAGAGGCAGAGAGAGAAGCCUUUGAGCUGCUCCCUGAUGACGAAAGACAAUGCCAGAAAUGCAAAACCACAUGCUUCCUUUCUGCAUUGGCAUGCUAUGACUGUCCGCAGGGCCUUGUGUGUUUAUACCACAUAGAGGACUUAUGCCAGUGCCCACCAGCUCGUCAGUUUCUCAGGUACCGUUACACUCUUGAUGAGCUGCCAGCCAUGUUACACAGACUAAAAGGCCGAGCAGAAUCUUUUGACUCAUGGGCCAGUAAAGUACGGAAGGCAUUAGAUGUAGAAGAUGGUGGAAAGAUAGACCUGAAGGAGUUAGAAGUUCUUGAGGCAGAAGCCUCUGAGAAAAAAUUUGUAGGGAAUGAAAUGCUUCAACAAUUAAAAGGUGUGAUCAAAGAAGCCAAGCUCUGCGUAGAGGAGGCACAGAUUCUGCUGAGUGACUCCAAGCCUGCAAGUAGCGGUACAGCAGUAACCUCUUUGGAUAGUUUACACAAGCUUGUACAACGUAUUAAAGCCCUACCAUGUCCACUAGAACAGCUCCCUCGGCUCCAGGACCUGCAGGAACAGGCACUAUCCUUGCAGGAGGAAGUUCAAAAGUGUUUGCAGUCUCUUCCAGACAGUGCCUCUCAAUUUCAGGAUAUGUUGGAACAGUGCCGAGCAUUCCCAGUAGAACUUCCUGAAACCGGACAAUUAGAAAAGCAACUGCGUCAGGGCGACUGGCUGACAAGUGUACGGGCAGCGCUUGGUGCAGGGAGGUCAAGUACACUUCAGGAGAUGCUUUCACUGCUGCAAGAAGCAAUAGAUGUGGCAGAGAGUCCUGCAGUGGAGAAGGCACGCAGCGAACUGCAAGAGCUCAUCUCAAUAGCACUGAGGUGGGAAGAGAAGGCGAAGAUGUGCUUAGAGGCCAGGCAGAAACAUCCUCCUGCCACUCUAGAGGCCAUUAUAAAAGAAUCGGAGAACAUCCCUGUUCAGCUUCCGAAUACUCUGAGCUUGAAGGAAGCGCUCUGCAAAGCCAGGGCGUGGAGCGCUGAUGUGGAGGAAAUACAGAGUGGAGAUCAUUACCCUUGCUUGGAUGACUUGGAAGGGCUGGUCGCUGUAGGCAGGGAUCUCCCAGUGAAGAUGGAUGAACUGCAUCAACUAGAAGUCCAAGUGACUACUGCUCAUUCCUGGCGGGACAAAGCAACAAAAACUUUCCUGAAGAAAAAUUCUGGCUAUUCCCUACUUGAGGUCCUUUGCCCCAGUGCUGAUGUUUCUUCUGAAACUGGUAAAAGGUCCCAGUGGAGGAAGGAGAAGACAUUUGGCCUCUACCGAUCAGAUGUUGAGGGUCUGGGCUUGUCGGCACAGGAUUUGCGGGACCCUGGUUCAAUCGUGUUGGCUUUUAAAGAAGGCGAGCACAAAGAGAAGUCUGGCAUUUUGAGACUGCGUGCAAUGAAUUCCUCCCUGGAGAGGAGUUGUGUGUGUGUUUGCGGGGAACCCCCAGGAGAGCUAAUGUUGCGGUGUGAGCUUUGUCAGGACUUAUUUCAUGGACUUUGUGUGCCCGUCCCCCGACUCUCAACUCACCGUGGUGCUCACUCUUCUCAACCUUUGACCUGGUGGGAAUGGGAAAGUCGCUUCCUUUGCCCACUCUGUGUUCGAUCCCGUCGCCCUCGGCUACAGACGAUCCUAUCUCUAUUGGUCGCUCUUCAGAAAUUACCUGUGCGCCUACCAGAAGGGGAGGCUUUGCAAUGCCUAACAGAACGUGCAAUGAGCUGGCAGGACCGUGCUCGAAGAGUCUUGGCAACCCCAGAAAUUUCAUCAGCAAUCACAACGCUGGCAGAACGUAGACAGAGGAUGCAGCACUGUAAAGACCCACAGGCACUGAGAGAGACUACCCGGAAUGAGCAGAACCCAGUUUCGCAUGAAAAUGGAGACUCUCACUCAGAGAAUGGCACAUGUGCAAUGCCAGACUUGGAUGCAUUGGCUGCUCUGCUUCCUCGUAUUGAAAAGUCACCGGUCUUGGAGUUGUCUCUGGGUUCUCGAGCCUUGUUAGAAGAUUUAAUGUUAGAAGGUGAUCUUCUGGAGGUGACUUUGGAAGAAGAGCUCAGCAUAUGGAGACUACUACAAGCAUCACAUAUGCCAUGUGUGGACAGACUCCGGACUCUCAUAGAGAUUGAAAGGUGUGAACGGAAAGCAUCUCGCGUGAAGGGAAAAGACCCGGACAAAAGGAAGAAGAGGAGAAGUGAUGGAUAUCCCACACUGCUCCCCAAGGAGGAAAUGGGACCAAAGAGAAUCCGGGGUGAUAUCAGAUUGCCAGAUUCUUCUGCAGAAAAGGAGGUCGUAAGGAAAGGAGGAAGUGAAGCCAACCAGAAUGGAGGAGAGAAACGCUUGUGACAUUCAGCUUGACGACCGAACCCUAUAUAAUGCUAGGAUGGUGGCACUCCCCCCUGGACAGAUGCUCAAAAGGAUUACCUCGUUGAAAAUAUUUAAGAGGCAGCUUGUAGGGGAGGUGAAAACAUGGUGCUCCUGCUCCCUCUUACCCAGCAUUCUGUGCUCUAUUUAAACACCAUUCUCCUCCUCAAGACAUGGAUUACUCCUCUGGGGCUUCGUAGAAGGUGCCCCUUCUCCCUCUUACCCAGCAUUUUCUGCUCUAUUUAAACAACGUUCUCCUCUUGAAGAUGUGGAUUGCUUGUCUGGGGCUUCAUGGAAGCUGGUGCUGCCUGCUUGGUAAAGCAGAUUCCUGGCAGAACGACUUAAAGGAUCCUAAGGCACAGGGAGAGAGUAAAAAAAAAAAUUCUUGUCUAACAUCAAGCAAAUAACUCCUACUGGAAGAAAGACUUGAAUUGAUACCCUCGUACCCUGGCAUAUUUUCUUUUUACACGCUGGUGAAUGAUAUGCUGUAGCCCCCUCAUUAAAUGUCCUGCACCAAAGGAAACACAUGAACAGGUUUGCCCCCUUUACAUGCACAGGAUUGAAGCUAUGCCUCCUGGAGGUGUAGAAAACCAGCACUGGGCAUUAUGGUGCCACGUUGGGUGAGGGACUACCUUCUGUCACGAGGGAACCUGUAAGGAUGGUUUUUGUGGGACACAUUUACUUUUAUUUAUUCCCUUUCUCCUUGUGAACUCUCACUAACUGCCCUUCUCCCCUCUGUUCGCCCACUUAUUCAGGAUCCAUGGGUGUCUGCACUUCCCAGCCCCUUCAAUCCAAGUUCACUUUGUCCAGAACACUUUGUUUAAAAAAAAAAAAAAAAAAAGAUAUUUCUAGAAAAUGUUAAAAGGAAAAAAAAUCCCUUGCACUCCAUUCUGGAGUGUGUUAUCUUUUCUGACAUGUAGAAAUAAAAGUUAGUUUUUUUUUUUUUU